UGUGUUUUGUGAGACUGUAAUCAAAUCAUCUCCAUCUGAUAUUUCACCAACACUUGUCAAUUAAUCAACCCUAAAACCUAAUCUCCUCCUCCUCCUCCUCCUCUUUUCCCCUAAAUCUCUAGAUCCGUAAUGCAGCUUAAUCCCACAUAUCCUUAUUACCAUAUCCCAAUUUCAAAUUCACACACUUUUUAAUAUUAUUAUUAUUCUCAGUGGGAAAAGCUGGAGAAGAAGAGACAUCGUGGUUGAAGAGAUUCUCCAUUGGUGGGCGUUAUUGCAUGCUUCCGACAUAAGUACUCCCCUUCAGAUCCGGACAUAAGGUGAGGAGGCUGUUUUGAUAUUUUCUCUAGUAAUGUCGAGACUUGCGAAAUGGAAGCUGGAGAAAGCCAAAGUCAAAGUGGUCUUUCGCUUGCAGUUUCACGCUACUCAUGUUCCACAAGCAGGAUGGGACAAGCUGUUCAUAUCUUUCAUCCCUGCUGACUCUCUAAAAGCUACAGCAAAGACAACAAAAGCACUUGUCAGAAAUGGGACUUGCAAGUGGGGUGAUCCCAUUUACGAAACUACAAGGCUGCUUCAGGAUACAAGGACCAAGCAAUUCGAUGAAAAACUCUAUAAGAUUGUUGUGGCCAUGGGUACUUCUAGAUCUAGUAUACUCGGAGAAGCUAUGAUCAACCUUGCUGAAUAUGCUGAUGCCUUAAAACCGUUUGCUGUAGCAUUGCCCUUGCAAGGCUGUGAUUCAGGAGCUAUCUUACAUGUCACUGUACAGCUGUUAACUUCAAAAACAGGUUUUAGAGAGUUUGAACAGCAGAGAGAACUCAGGGAAAGGGGACCGUCCACCACCCCUGACCAUAGCAGUCCUGACGAAUCCUCUCGUUCCAGAACUUCCCCUUCUGAUGAGUCUCUUAGUCAUGUUGAUAAGACAAAUAUAAGAGGGAGUUUCAGAGAGAAGUUCCGAGAUGAUUCUUUAGUGGAAGAAGCUGUGAGGCCAAAUGACCCUGAUUCAUCACUGGGAUUCGAUGUCUCUUCAAAUACAUCAGGAAGCCUAAAUGCAGACAAACAUGACAUAUCCAGCACAAAUGAAAUUGACAGCCUCAAAAGUAUGGUAUCUGGAGAUCUGAGCGGACUUGCUCAGAGUUCUCAGACAGAGAAACACGCUCGCGAGUGGCACAAUGGCUGGGGUUCAGAGUAUCUUAAUAAAAACAGCGAUUUGGGCAAUGCCAUAGAAGAGAACAUUAAGCUUAAAGGCUUCGUGGAGGAUAUGGAUUCGUCCAUUAAUGAGAUUAAGACUGAAGUGAACUCGUUGCAGUGCCAUGCAGAUGAUAUAGGUUCCAAAGCUCAAGAGUUUUCUCAAAUACUUAUCUCAGAGAUCAGUUCUGGGGAUCGGUUGGUCAGAGAAGUAUCUUUGUUGAAGUCAGAAUGCUCAAAAUUAAAAGAAGAGAUGGAGAGGUUACGCAACGUCAAAACACAUGUUGGAUAUAACAGCAAAGACCAAGACAAUGUUUCCCACAACCUACAGCUAAGAUGGCUGCAGGGUCUUUCAGUUGUAGAGGAUAACGUCAGAGAAAUUCAAAACAAAGUUUGCUAUAGCUACCAUGACAGGGACUUACGCUUGUUCCUCUCAGACUUUGACUCUCUGCUCGGAGUUCUACUGGAUUUUAAAAGGCAGAUUAGCACAGUACCAUCUGAGAAAACCACCACCUUAGCGGAGAAAAAUGAGAGAGGCAUAUCAGGUUCUCAGUUGGACACUGAGAUUUAUCAACCAGAGCUUGAUCCCCUUCAGUAUCUGGGUAUGCCUGAUCUUACAUCUCGUGAACCCAAUUCAGCAGAUUCUGCAAAUGCCAUGAGAGACAAAAUACUCGAGCUUGUGCGAGGGCUGGACGAGUCUAAAGCUGAACGUGAUAGCCUUACCAAGAAAAUGGAUCAGAUGGAGUGCUAUUACGAAUCUCUGGUCCAGGAGCUCGAGGAAACUCAAAGGCAGUUGCUAGUAGAGUUACAGAAUCUAAGGACUGAGCACUCCACAUGCAUCUAUAGCAUCACUGGCGCUAAUGCUGAGAUGGAGACGUUGCGCCAAGAUGUGAAUGAGCAAGCACUCAGAUUUUCUGAGGAGAAGAAAACUUUGGUUUCUCUGAAUGAAGAACUUGAUAAACGAGCUGUGGCUGCAGAGGCAGCACUUAAAAGGGCGCGGUUAAAUUAUUCUAUUGCUGUCAACCAUUUGCAGAAGGAUCUUGAAUUGCUUUCCUCUCAGGUUGUAUCUAUGUUUGAGACCAAUGAAAACCUCAUCAAGCAAGCUUUUCCAGACCCUGGUGAUUCAAAGCCUGUGAAACAGGACACUCGUGAUGUAAAACUCACACAGUUUCAAAAUGAGAAGAAGGGGAUGAAGGAACGGCCCUUAAAGGGUGAUAUUCUUCUGGAAAAUUUGCAGAGAUCUCUUCAAGUGCAAGAAAGCCUAUAUCAAAAGGUUGAAGAAGAACUUUAUGAGAUGCACUCAAGGAACUUAUAUCUGGAAGUAUUCUCAAAAAUUCUACAGGAGACUUACCUUCAAGCAAGUGUCGACAUUAGACUCAUGAAAGGGAAAAUUGAUGAACUUGGAUGGCAGCUUGAGCUUUCAACAGAGGCCAAGGAAAUGUUGAAGCAGAGGCUGGAUAUUACGUUGGACGAGGUCUUCUCUCUGAAUGAGGAGAAAACCACAUGCAUUGCCAAAUGGAAUGCUGUAGCUUUUCAGAAUCAAAGUUUAGAGGCAAAUCUGCAGAAUGUUACUCGUGAAAACUUCAUCCUACUGCAAAAGAUUGAUGAACUGGAAUCUGUAGUGUUGGAGUCCAAGAAUUGGAAAAACAGUUAUGAAACAUGCAUUUGUGAGAAAAAAGAGCUCACAGAGCUUGUGGAGAAAGAAGCGCUUGAAAAAGUUAAUCUUCAGAAACGGUUUGCUACUGUGCAGGCUGAGUUUGAUGAUCUUCAGAAGGACGUUGGCAGUCUGAAGGACAAGCUGAUGAAAACAUUAGGUUGCUACAGUGAAAAGCUCAUUUCCUUGCCUCUGUGGGAAGGGGGAGUGGAUAUUGAUUUGGAGUCCCCUGAUUUAGCAGAGCAGCUUGAAAAAUUCUUGCGUAAGAUAUGUGAAAAAAUUCUUGUACUUACGAAAGAAAAUAAAGAUCUGGUGCAGGAGAAAUCCAAGACAGAGUCUUAUUUGAGGGCUGUAGAGUCUGACAUUACUGAGCUCAAGCAGACGCAUGAGAAUAGUACACAAUGUUUGGUUGCUAAACUUGAAUGUUCCACUGCCCUCCUCGAGAAACUUCAGAUGCAAACUGAGUCUAUCGUGGACAGAAUGAAGGUCAUUACCGAAGCUGAACAAACCUAUGAGAGCUGUCACACCGACUUUGUUUCUCGCCUUGAUUAUUUUGAGAAUGAAGUGCGUCUACUCGUGGCUAAGAAUGAGGCGCUUGGCCAAGAGAUCUCAGAACUAAGCUCUGUAACUGUUGAACAUGGAAGAACCAAGCUGCUUGUGGAAGAACUAGCUGAAGAGAAAAAAGGUCUUCUGGUUUCUCUUCUGGAUAAAUCUCAGGAAACCUUGGGUCUUGUGCGUGAGCUUGAGAAUGUAAGGACAACGUUUGAGCAAGAGUUGAGACUUGAAAAAAGCUCAAGGCAGGAACUAGAAACAAAAAUGCAAGAUCUUACUUCUAAAUUUCUGAGCUUUGAUGAGCAAAGCUCUGAGUUAGUCCAUCUGAAGCAAAAGGUUUCGGAUUUGGAGUUGGAGAAGGCAAAUCACACUCAUCUUUUGUCAGGAUAUGAGACAUCUCUGAGAAGCUUGAAUCGUGAUUCAUCGUAUAUUUCCGAUCUAGAAUCUCAGUUACAUGCAAUGAUGGAAUUUUCAGUAGCAGCAGAUAUCCAGAUCCUUUUCACAAGAUCUGAGUGGGAGAGUUAUGCUGAGGAGAAGCACAAGGAACAUUUUGAGGUACUGACUGCACUCAAUGGCUCUCGUAAUGUAGAAGCUCAGUAUAUGGAUAAUAAUAUAAAGCUAUUGACAGAUCUCGACUCUGUAAAAUCAGAAUUGAAAAUUGAGAGAAGUUUGAGAGACAAAUUAGAGAGCAGAAUCGAAGAACUUGCGUCUGAGUUAGAUGAAAAGCACCUGCUAUUGGAUAACUUGGAUUUGCAGAAGAAACUUUUGGAGAAGAUGGUAGCUGAAAUGGAAUCUGAAAAGUCCUCUCAGAGUUUGGAGUAUGAUAGAAACGCUCAUCAAGAGUCUUCUUUUAUUGAAGAACUGUUUCAGUGUCUAAUAGCUGGAGAUGUUCACCAUGUUGUUACAAAAAACCAGUGUGAGACCUACGUCAAUGACCUUGCAGAACAACUUAGCUGCUGCUCUAAGAGCCAUCUUGAGUUUCAAAAGAAGCAAGCUGAUAUGGAGUCUGCCCUCAACCAUUGUCUAGUGAACGAGAAGCGGUAUAGGGAAGAAAACAAUCAACUACUGAUUAGUCUCGAAGUCUUGAAGUCUGAGCUAGAGGCUUCCAUGGCUACAAGCAGAGCUCUUACUGAUAGAAAUGAUGAAAUGUCAGUUGAGAUUGAAGAGUACACAAAUAGGGAUGAGAAUGCAGAAAGAAGUUACUCUGAGAGAAGCCUAUGUGCUAAUGAGGUUGAACAAUUGAAAUCUUUGUUGGUUGAGCAUGAAGAAGAAAUAGAAAAACUGAUGGUGUUAAAGGCUGAGGCGGAAAUAACAGUCGAGGUACUGAAAGAUAAUCUAGCUGAGCUGUGUGGAAAAGGUGCCAGAGAGCUUGAGAAACUGCAAAAUAGGUGUAGUGAUCUCACUCAGAAGCUCUCUGAGCAGAUUCUGAAAACAGAAGAGUUCAAAAGCUUGUCCAUCCAUCUGAAAGAGCUCAAGGACAACGCUGAAGCUGAAUGCACUCACGCCCGUGAAAAGACGGACUACCAAGCCCCUCUAACUCCACAGCAGGAGUCGUUGAGAAUCAUUUUCAUCAAAGAACAGUACGAAACCAAGCUGCAGGAGCUUCAGCAUCAACUGACCAUGUCCAAGAAGCAUAGCGAAGGAAUUCUGAUGAAAUUACAAGACUCCAUUGAUGAGAAUGAAGCAAGGAAGAAGGCAGAAUCCAGCCAUUUAAAGAGAACCAAAGAGCUGGAAGAUAAAAUAUUGGAACUGGAGGCUGACAUGCAAUCUGUUAUAAAUGAUAGACGUGAGAAGACAACAGCUUAUGACAUGAUGAAGGCUGAGCUGGAUUGUUCGUUGCUUAGCCUCGAGUGCUGCAAGGAAGAAAAACAGAGGCUUGAAGAUUUUCUGCAAGAGGAGAGACUGAAAAUGUCUAAAGAGCUAGAAUCAAUGAGAGAAUUAGUACAACGUUCCAGCUCUCGUAAACAUAUACCGAUGGAAGAUGGUGUAACGGAGUUGGCUGACAAAGAUAUAAUUGCAAGCCCCAGACCGAAAUUUCAGGGUGCUAUUCAAUCGAGGGGUGUAAAGGAAAACGGAGACCAAUCACCUUCCAGAGAAGCAAUGGCACUGGACAACACUGAAGAAAGCCUAGCUUUGAUCAAUGAUAACUUUAGGGCAGAGACUUUAAGGUCUAGCUUGGAUCACUUAAAAAAUGAGCUAGAACGGAUGAAGAAUGAGAAUCUACUUGAAUCUCAAGAUGAUAAUGAUUCAGACACCAGAUUCCCGGGUUUGGAACAAGAGCUGAUGCAGUUGCGUCAGGCAAAAGAAGAACUUCAAAGUAUAUUCCCUCUAUCUCACGAGAAUCACAGCUGCGGGAACGCAUUGGAAAGGGUUCUUGCUCUGGAAAUAGAACUUGCUGAAGCAUUACGUGGAAAGCAAAAACAGUCAACCAUCCAUUUUCAGAGCUCUUUCUUGAAGCAACACACAGAUGACGAAGCAAUCCUCCAGAGUUUCAGAGACAUAAACGAUCUAAUCGAGGAAAUGCUGGCGACCAAAGGGCGAUAUGCAUCUAUGGAGACAGAGCUCAAGGAGAUGCAUGACCGUUACUCUCAGCUAAGCCUCAAGUUUGCAGAGGUUGAAGGAGAGAGACAAAAGCUGAUGAUGACUCUGAAGAACGUAAGAGCGUCCAAGAAAGGAACGGGAUUAAACCGUUCAUCUUCAGCAACUCUUGGUGAACAUUAAUGCACAGAUGAUGAUACUAUGUAUGUAUAUAUGUCCCCAAGGAUGUUGAAUAAUAAGUCCAAGUUCUAACAGUGGUCUCCCAAGUUAUAGAUAGCUUAAUAUAAAAUGUUCUUUAAUUCAAAGAUAUGGUGUUCUCAAAGUGAUGUCUUCUCUGUAUUGUACAGAAACCCAACUUGUUCAACUCAGAGAAUCAAACUGUAAUUUUCAAUUACUAGAAAACUCCUGUUAUGUUUUGUCUUUCAAA